UGCGGAUGAGCGCCUGAGUCCAGAAGAUGGGAAACUCCCUAUUCUUCUAGAUUCUGUGUGAUCUAGAAGAUUAUAUCCUAAACUUCAAAAGACAUAUUUCUCAUUCAGCGUCUUCCCGCUCGUUUAAUCUUUCCAAUACUGUUGGUUUCUUUGAGGCUGUUAGGCAGGCAAUCUACCAGGCACCUCAACUGCAGGGGUCCUCACGACCUUCUCAGCUGCCUCAGCCUCGGUCUGGAGAGGACCCCGCAUCUAAUCACUGACUGGCCCUGGUGUCGGGAAAAUGAUCCACAGUCUAUUUCUCAUAAACUGUUCCGGUGACAUAUUUCUAGAGAAGCACUGGAAGAGCGUUGUGAGCCAGUCUGUCUGUGAUUAUUUCUUUGAAGCUCAAGAGAAAGCUGCUGAUGUUGAAAAUGUACCCCCUGUUAUUUCAACACCUCACCACUACCUCAUCAGUAUAUACCGGGAUAAGCUCUUCUUUGUCUCUGUCAUACAGACUGAAGUGCCACCUCUCUUUGUAAUUGAGUUCCUACAUCGAGUUGCUGACACUUUUCAGGACUACUUUGGUGAGUGUUCGGAGGCUGCAAUUAAGGAUAAUGUGGUCAUAGUAUAUGAGCUCUUGGAAGAAAUGCUAGACAAUGGAUUUCCACUGGCUACUGAAUCUAACAUUUUGAAAGAAUUGAUUAAACCACCAACAAUUCUACGUUCUGUUGUCAACUCUAUUACAGGCAGUAGUAAUGUUGGGGACACACUCCCCACUGGGCAGCUGUCCAACAUACCAUGGCGCCGGGCAGGGGUAAAGUACACAAACAAUGAAGCCUAUUUUGAUGUCGUUGAAGAAAUAGAUGCAAUUAUAGAUAAAUCAGGAUCUACAGUCUUUGCAGAAAUUCAAGGGGUCAUUGAUGCUUGCAUUAAGCUAUCUGGAAUGCCUGACCUCUCCCUUUCUUUCAUGAACCCAAGGCUUCUAGAUGACGUCAGCUUCCACCCCUGUAUCAGGUUCAAGCGUUGGGAAUCUGAAAGAGUAUUGUCGUUUAUUCCUCCGGAUGGAAACUUCCGACUCAUAUCAUACCGUGUCAGCUCACAAAAUCUAGUGGCAAUACCAGUAUAUGUGAAACAUAGCAUCAGUUUUAAGGAGAACAGUUCUUGUGGCAGAUUUGAUAUUACAAUUGGACCAAAGCAGAAUAUGGGGAAAACUAUUGAAGGAAUCACAGUGACAGUUCACAUGCCAAAAGUCGUGUUGAAUAUGAACCUGACACCAACACAAGGCAGCUACACAUUUGAUCCAGUUACCAAGGUACUAACGUGGGAUGUGGGAAAAAUUACUCCACAAAAGCUCCCAAGUCUUAAAGGACUGGUAAACUUACAGUCUGGAGCACCCAAGCCAGAAGAGAAUCCAAACCUCAACAUACAGUUCAAGAUCCAGCAGCUUGCUAUUUCAGGCUUAAAAGUAAACCGUUUGGACAUGUAUGGGGAGAAAUAUAAGCCAUUUAAAGGAGUCAAAUAUGUCACAAAAGCUGGAAAGUUCCAAGUGAGGACAUGAGAAGAGGCCAAAAUUCCUCAAGAUGUGUGUUUUCCAAGUGUCAUUACAGUUUAUUACUAUUAGGUACCAAUUGGGUGGGAAUACAUAUUCUAGUUAAAGCAUAUGUGUCGAGCCACACAUCGCUGAUAACAAAGUUGCUCAGUAAUCAGUGUAGGGUUCUUAAGGAGCAUUAAGCUAAGGAAACUUUUGAAUGACUUAGCUUAUUUGUAUCUUUUCACUUAGGAAAAUUUUGGAGGCAACUUCCUCCAUAGGGAGGCACCAGCUGGAGGCUGCACAUUUUAACAGUAAAGGCAAGAGUCUACAAGUGGUAACCUCUCUCCUAAAACAAAUGAACUGGUCUCAGCCAGCAGGAGCUGUCUUAGUCUGUAAUGUCAUAUAUCAAGUGCAGCUAAAUGUCUCACUUGAUCCUAGCCAUCCCAAAUCAGCAUCUGUCCCAACAAAGGAAAAAUUCCCCCCACCCCAAGAAGUUUACAGAAAACUGCCUCUUUGAGUGUUUGCCUUAUUCAGCUUUUCACUUGUGCCAUUAAGCAAGCACUGUAGCAAAAGCCACUCCACAUGGCCCUGGCAGGGAACACUGCUGCUCCAUGCUCCAUUCUCACUGUACUUGGUAUUAUAUUUUUUAUAAAUAAGAUUUUUUAUUAAAGCUCAGAUUUUGAUUUACAGGGACCUUGCUGCAGUAAGUUCCAUCUCAGUUUUAUGUCACUUGGUUCAGCUGUUAGCAUAGUAAAGAUCAUUUGUAUCAAAGGGGCAAAUGCUUUAAGGGAAUAAAAGGGAACACUACUUCUGCUUUUAGGAACUUAGUGCAAGCACAAGUAUUUGGGAUUUUAAGCAAAUUAAUGUAUAAAAGAGAAACUGAAGUGAGCCUUUGCCAUCUUCAUGUUUUAUAAAGCUUAUCCAGUACCACUUAACCUAGUUAGCCUCAAGGCCUCAAGUCCUGUUCAGCUAAAGUUAGAAAACAUGCCUGCCUAUCAUCUAUCUUUUUUUUACUCUUUGAUCCUUUUGUUGUUGUUCUGUUGUUUGCCUAUUCCUUGUCUUCAGGGGAACUCCCUUUUCCUGUUGUGUGCUUCUCAAAACUAUAGUUAGUAGACUCCUUCCUGAAUCUAUUGUAAUUUUCACACCAGUACUUUGAACCUUAAUGUCUCUACUGUACUGACAAGAGUAUGUGUACGUACAUUGUAAUGAGGUGGAAACAAAAUCUUCAGUAACAUUGAUAAACCUGCAUUGAUCUUCAUGGUUGGCAAGUCAGUCUACAACUGUUAUGAUUUCAUUUAACUUGACUGACUUAGAACCAGUUAUUUUGUUUCAUCAGACCUAAAGAAUGGAGAAAGUGAAGAUACAAGUGUUUGUUCUUACUUACACUAUUAGUUUUCUUCUCCUUGUAACUCCAUUCUUUACCUUCUUCUCAACUUAUAACUCCCUUUCCCUUAUCAUGCUAACAGUAGCGCCUACACUCAUCCCGUUCUGCUGUCACGGCUAGUGGUUGGUGCUAUACAGGGAGCCCACUGUACAGCGGCAUUCGUAACCUUUGCCUACCUAGCGCACCCAGCCCACCUUUUCAGCUAAUUGGAGAGAUCACUUUUUGCAGCUUUGCAGUUUCUAGAGUAACCAAUAUCAGCUUGGCAGCUAAAAUCAAGAUGUUGACAAAUAUCUAUUCCCUUUGCCUGUAAGAUUGGUUACCUGGUUCAGUUGCUUUUCAUUUUUACUGUCUUCCUUUUCAGAGUUCAUACCUCAAAAGAACAGUCAAUACAUUUGCUUUUCUUUCUGCAGAACCCCUUAUCUCAACCUUCCAUAUAUGGACUGUCUAAUUUUCUUUCUGUGCUUUCUUCUCAUAUGCAAGCAGACUGUAUGCCAAGAGUCCCUUGCCCCUAGCAAUUUCUGUUAAAACUUUCAAGUAGCCUGUUUCCUUUUACAAUUAAAUUAUUGUAUUUAUUAAUUUGAUUGAAUCCAAUAAGUCCUUUCUCUAGUCCUGGCCAUACUGUCAAUAAAAAGAUGAAAGUAACAAGUU